GCUGACAGAGAAAACGUGAAUCCUGGGUAACCACUUGCUGGAUCGCACUGGGUUAGACGAGUCAAAGUUUUCCGAUGAAACAGAUUUGUUAAGAAACAACAAUGACUUGGUGAAUCUUCAUUUCUGAGAACACGCAAAGUGAAGUUCUGUUGCCAGCUGUAUUAGUAAGAACAGACCUUCCAAACUUCAGACCAAGCCUGACUUGAAAUCACUGGAGGAUGACAACUUCUUCCGCCAAGACCAAAGAUUGAGCAAAACCCUGACCUACACGUUUUUACUUUCUUACCUUCACUAGACAUGCGCAGUGAUGAAGUAGGAUGCUUGCUGCCGGCUGUCUGUCUACUUGUGCUCGUGGCAGCAGUUUCGUCAGACAAAGACAACACCAAUGGCGGGCCCAAACUCAGGGCACCAGAGGACAGAUGUCAAGGGUCAGUCUUGUCAGAAGCACCGUGUAAACGACCUUUAAACAUUGUGGGUCUUUUCGGACGGACGGGAUGGAACCCGGCAGGUGCAGCCUUCCAGUACGCGACUGAGAUGGCGAUAAGCGACAUCAACAACCGAGAUGAUGUGCUCCGAGGAUAUGAGCUCAUCAUGGAGGCUGGAGACACGAAGUGUGAGACAGCCCCGGCUGUGAACCUGCUGUUUCGUAUGUUGUACAACAGCUCCAACACGAAGGUCAUGGUCAUUGGAGCACUCACGUCCCAUGUGUCAGAGGUCACGGCGAUUGUGUCACAAGCGUGGAACCUUGUACAGAUUUCCUACUCCGCCAUUUCUCCCACUCUUUCGGACAAGGAUUCUUAUCCCUGGUUUUUUCGAACAUCUGUCUCGGAAAGCAAGAUGGCGCCAGUCCUCGUUCACCUCCUUCAGCACUUCAACUGGUCCGUCAUUUCCGUCGCACAGCAGUCCUUCAAUAUGUACACCAAGACCGUGGAGGACAUAACCUCUGAACUUCAGCGAAACAACAUCUCCGUCAACGCCACAGAAACAUUUGACAGCGACGUGGAGAUGAUAAUAAAGAAACUUCAGGAACGCGAUGCUCGCAUCAUUUAUUUCGCUGCUUAUGAGAGCAUGGCGAGGAAGGCUGCCUGCAAGGCCUACAAGAAAGGAUUCUAUGGAUCGAAAAUCGUGUGGAUAUUUCCUGGAUAUUAUGACCACCGCUGGUACGAGCGAGAACGGGAUACGAACUGUAGUGUGAAGAACAUUCUAAAAGUCAUCGACGGCUACCUGACUAUUUCUGUGGUCCACCUCAGCGAUAAUAACGACACAAUCAAUGGCUGGCCGCCUCAGGAGUUUCAUCACCGUCUUCUCCAUCACAUCAAUGCAUCGUCUUGGAAGAAUGGAGGGCAGCCAGAGGAGGACCUUCGUGGCUCCAAGAGGGCGCCGCUGGCCUACGACGCCAUGUGGGCAGCAGCCCUCGCCCUCAACGGAACCUUGUCCGACCUCAUCGCCAACGGCUCCAAAGGUCUUGAAACGUUUACCUACCAGCGCAGUGAUAUUGGUCGUCUGAUAUACCAGAACAUGAGGAAGGUGUCGUUUAGAGGACUGUCUGGCAACAUUUCAUUCGACGAUUCUGGGGACAGAACAUCGAAAUUUACAGUCAUUCAGUUUCAGAAAGAUUCGAAUGGCAACAAGAUGGUAGAGAUUGGGAUGUACAAAGAUGGGGUCAUGAAGUGGAAUGACAGUCAGGUGAAGUGGGGAGCAAAUGGUGUUCCUACAUGUUCCCGCCCUACGAGGCACUUACUUCAACGGCUGCCACUACAGUCCUACAUCGUCAUGUGCACCUUUGCCGGUGUGGGAAUACUGCUGUCCUUCAUCUUCUUGACCUUUAACCUCGUCUACCGUCAUUUAAGGGUGAUCAAGAUGUCAUCGCCCAACAUCAACAACGUCAUUCUGGCAGGCUGCGUCAUUGUCUACGCUGACGUCUUUGUGGAAGACGUCACGGCUUCUGGUUGCGUCUCUUUUUGCUACGUCAAAUGGUAUCUGAUGAUCAUCGGCUUCUCCAUGGCAUUCGGGGCUCUUCUGGCCAAGACAUGGCGGGUGUAUAAGAUCAUGACGGGUAGCAUCAAAGUUAGAGCUCGGAAUCUUCGCGAUAAGAACCUGUUUGCGGUCGUGGGCGUGUUCGUGCUGGUUAACCUGGUGCUGAUGACGCUGUGGUCAAGCAUCGACCCGUUCACAGUGGUCAAAACUGAUGACGGUGUAGUGACGGUGAAGGAGGCGGAAGACGUGCGGGAGGUCAGGGAGAUGCUGGAGUGCACUUCCGGCUACAAACACUACUUCUACGUCAUCGUCAUGGGCGCUCAGAUUGUCUUUGUUCUCUUUGGGGUCUUCCUCGCCUGGCAGACUCGACAGGUGAACAUCCGAGAGCUGAAUGACUCUCGCUGGAUCAGCCUGUGUAUCUACAACCUAGUACUACUCGGCUCUCUAGCUGCCAUCCUGAAGUUUCUCACUCGCCAGUCAGUACACGUGACCUUCGUCGUGGAGUCCACCAUCGUCUGCUUCGGCACCACGGUCACCCAGUGCCUGGUGUUUGUGCCUAAGCUGUUAGCCCUCAGGAAGAAACAAGAAGAUGAGAACGAACAGGUGGAGAGGGAAGGAGCCAAAGGAACAGGCUUCUCUCCCUCUUCAAUGUGUUCCUACCAGCGGCAACAACAGCAGCUACCCUCCAUACCCAGCAUCCAUCUGUCGCCACCUCCCAGCUCCUACACUGACUCGGUCACACCUGUUGAGCCUUGUGUCCCCCCUGUUCUGCUUUCAGCCAAGCCUGCCCUGCCCUCUGCCAAACCUGUUCUGCCCUCUGCCAAACCUGUCCUAGUUCUGCCAAACCUGCCUUGCUCAAAAACCAAGGUGUAGAAGAGGACCACACAGCCAUACCGCAAUUUUGAAGAUCAGACGACGAUUUGACAGACUUUUCAAUAGGAGUUGAAAGCCAGAAAUUUUUUUUACCGCAGUAAUUUUAAUGUUUUAUAACGUGUCUUGAAUAUAAAGAACAUAAUUACAAUCUAUCAAUCAAGCUUCAAAACGACGGUUAUUUAUGACACAUACUAUUUGUGAGUUUCCUGACAUCGUGGACGAUUCUAAUUCGUUUAAAUUUCUUGACAAAGGCAUUUUUCACAAUGUACAUCAUCAAUGUGUGCAGUAAACUUCUACAUCAGGUUUUGGACUACUCCUGACAUCUGUAAUAUUUCUGGUGUAAAUAUUUGUCCAAAGAUUUUGUAUGAUGCAUUUUAUUUUAGUAAAUAUUGCUAUCAUUAUCUGUACAUUAUAUUUUAUUUAUAUUACCUGCUAUAAAAUAUCGGAAUGUCUCUUGGUGAAAUCAGAAUACUGAAGUAGAUGUACAUGUAGUAUAGGUAAAUUUGUUUUGGUGAAAAUUUUAAUUGUAGUUUUUAAAAAAUGUAUCCUUUAAUUUUGCCUUUACUCGUAAAAAAUAUUAUUCUCAGUCUUUUACAGACUAGCAAAAGUGCAGAAAGAAGAACGAAAAAAUAAUAAAAGAAAUGAAAAACUAAAUUGUGAAGCUACUAAUAUUGCUCCUAUCCACAUGUCUCGGAGGCAGACUUAAAGUGUCAAAGUGUAACAGUUGUGACUAAGUGUAACUAAGUGACCACUCAGAGUUGUAUAUAUGUCAGCAAUGUCUUGUUCAUCUUUGGGGUGCAUGUAGUGGGUAGUAGGGGUGAAGGUCAACCCACCAUUUGCACCUGAAAAGGGUUCAUACUGUUCUCUCGACGUUAUUCAGAUUUUCGACAGUUGUCAUCUAAUAUAUAAGUAUUCAAAUAAUAAAUAUUGCGCAGGACUAAAUCUUUAUAUUUGGAAGCUGUAACAUAGAUAUAUUUUUUCUCUUUUUCUGUAUAUAUAUAUGUGUGUGUGUAAAAGUGUUGAACAUAAUUUGUGUGUGUGUGUUUCUCUGUGUGUAAAUAAAAAUGUUGACUAUCUUGCCUAAA